AUGGCAUUUUUAAACUGGGCGGAUUACACCGUGUUUGUUAUAACGCUGUGUUUCUCGUUAGGAAUAGGCCUUUUCUAUUCUUUACGGGGACGCAAGCAAAAAACGACAAAGCAAUUCAUUUUAGGUGAUGGAAAUAUGUGGACGUUUCCAGUGGCCUUAUCGUUAAUGGUUUCCUAUGAAUCUGGCAUCAUGAUGUUGGGAGUUCCGGCGGAAGUGUACAUGUACGGAAUGCAGUGGUAUAUGUCAAUUAUAGGGAUUUUUAUAGCCCAGCUAUUAACUCUCUAUCUUAUCAUACCGUCACAAAAGAAACUCAACUUUACCAGCAUGAACCAGUAUUUCGAGCUACGCUUCAACUCCCAUGGGAUUCGAGUAUUUGCAACAGUCAUAGGCCUGCUUGCAAGGGCUAACUACCUCGGAAGCGUGUUAUUUGUACCGGCUGUUACCUUAGAAAUGGUUGCUGAUAUUCCAAUGUGGACAUCUAUUGUUACACUGACAGUAAUUGUUGUGAUUUAUACCGUUCUUGGCGGAUUCACAGCUGUGAUAUGGACAGACGUUUUUCAAGCAGUUCUCAUGUUUGUUGCCAUGUUCGCAACUCUCAUCAAGGGUACAAUGGAAGCAGGUGGAUUGACGAACACUUGGAGUAUAGUGAAUGAUAAGGGAAGGUUCAACAUGCUUGAUUUUAACCCAGAUCCCACUCUACGUCAGUCCUUCUGGAGCCUUUUCAUUGGUGGCAUGAUAUACGGAUUACGACUUCAGUUUAAUCAAGCGACAUUCCAGAGGGUCAAAGCAACUCCUACUGUGUCAACAGCGAAAAGAAUGUACCUCAUUGCUGCUUUCCUGUCCAUGUUCAUAGCCGCAUUAGCAGUAAUGGAGGGAGCCAUCAUGUUUGCUUAUUUUCAAACAAAAGGGUGCGAUCCAUUGGAAGCCAAUCAAGUCCGAAAUGAAAACCAGUUAAUAGCAAUGUUGGUUAGAGACAUAUUUAAGAAUACACCUUGUCUUCCGGGACUGUUCUUAGCGGCGCUAUUCAGUGCUUCACUCAGUACCAUGUCAUCAGUAUUAAGUGCGAUGUCGGCCAUGUUCUGGGAGGAUAUCGUGAAACCACACACCAAACCCAUGUCUGACCAACGAGCAAUACGAAUUGCACAAUUUUCAGUGCUACUGUUUGGUGUAUUGGCAGUAGUCAUUGCCUUCGGUAUAUCUGGUAUCGACGGACCUGUGUCCCAGAUAUUGGAUACUACCGGAUCAUGUCUGGAAGGUGCCAUCGCUGGACUGUUUAUACUAGGGUGGUUUAAUCCGAAAGCUAAUGUAAAGGGUGCAAUAGUCGGCGCAGUGGUGUGCGUCCUUGUUGUGGGUUGGAUAUCAUUCGGAAAGUUGAUUUCGGCAGGAGCACGUCUAAAUCCAAAAUUAGAGCCGGCUUCAACAGAAAACUGUGCAAUGUUCAACACAUCAGGAAUCAUUAAUUCAACUACCUAUCAAUAUAUAUCAGCGGGGACAAUGUUAAAUGAUUCAAAAAUUGUAGUAGAAGUUACCCCUACACCAGUUCAUUACGGACCUCAAGGUCUGGAUAUAUUGUACUCUCUAUCCUAUAAAUGGCUGGCGCCACUCGGUAUCUGUUUGGUGCUUGUGAUUGGAUCAUUUGUUAGUCGUCUACAAGCUCAGAAACCUGUCGACUCGGCAUUGGUUGUACCAUUAUAUGACUACCUCAUGCGUUGCUGUAUCUUCAAUUCAUGUAGAAAAUCUCAGCGUGGAAAUACGUAUACAGGGUCAGAAAAGGUAAUAACGGAAGAUGAAGCUGAAACAAUGGUUGAGAUGGUACCAGAUACAGAAGUAAUCAAUAGAAGAUAA